AUACAAAAUAUCAACAUGGCUCCAAAAUAUGGCUUCAGGUAUGGGUGUCUCCUGUAUCUGUCUUGUUUGCUGGCAUCGCUCGUCGAGCCCGCCAUGGGCUCUACGAGGAAGCUCUCGGCUCUGGUCAAGGAGCAGCCGUUCCCGAUGAAGUACCACAACGGAGCUCUUCUCAAGGGCAAGGUCACCGUUAAUCUCGUAUGGUACGGCUCUUUCUCCGCAAUCCAGCGGUCGAUCAUAAUCGAUUUUCUCGAAUCGUUUAACAGCCGCACACCCCCGUCGCCUUCGGUCGCGUCGUGGUGGAAAACUACUGAGAAGUACCAUGGCGGCUCCAGCGCCGUCGUGGUGGGGAAGCAGGUGUUGGACCAGAGGUACUCGUUAGGGAAGGUGCUAAAGACUUCUCAUCUCACGGCUUUGGCAUCGAAGCCCAACUUCAUCGGCUCAGUCACUAUCCUUCUCACGGCGAAGGACGUCGCCGUGGAUGGGUUCUGCAUGAGCCGGUGCGGCACCCACGGAUGGACCCACUCCGGGAAGGCCCGAUCGGCGUACGUGUGGGUCGGGAACUCGGAGACCCAGUGCCCGGGUCAAUGCGCGUGGCCGUUCCACCAGCCGAUGUACGGCCCCCAGACGCCGCCUCUGGUGGCGCCGAACGGCGACGUGGGAGUGGACGGGAUGGUGAUCAAUUUAGCCACCCUUCUGGCCAACACCGUGACGAACCCCUUCAACGGCGGGUACUUCCAGGGUCCGCCGACUGCGCCGCUGGAGGCGGUGUCGGCGUGUACGGGGGUGUUCGGGAGCGGAGCGUACCCGGGAUAUCCAGGGCGGCUGCUGGUGGAGAAGAGCAGCGGGGCGAGCUACAAUGCGCAAGGAGUGAAUGGGAGGAGGUACCUGGUGCCAGCGAUGUGGGACCCAGAGACUUCAGCAUGCGCCACUCUUGUGUAAAAGUAGUAGGGAGUAUGUAGAUACUGGUGGCUUCUUCUAUACGCAAAGUCUGUCGUGUUGCUUGACCUGUAAAUUGCCUUGCCUCCCCCAUAAUGGAAAAGAACAAAAAUAAUAAUAAAGUGGAGAGUGUUAUAAAGUUAAGGACAUAGGAAUUGGCACGGGAAAUGAUUAUGAAUGUGUAUGGAUCGACGAUGAUGAUGGGCGUGGAAUAAAUAAAGGAGUGGGCAGCUUGACCGACCACGUUCAAUUAGAGUGUUGUUAGGGCAAGGAUUUUGGUGGGUGGGUGGGUUGGUUUAAGUAUCAAAUCCAUGAAGGAGAUGAGUGGAAGUUCAUGAUGAAAAUUCCAAAUUAAUUUUAAAUUCAAAUGAGAUGAUGAUUGUUGCAGAGGAA